AUGUCGGAAGUAGUGGAUCUGCUAAAGCUUUCAACCGUAACAUCGGCACAAAAGGCGACGGAGGCAUCCCUCCAAACUGCACACUACUCUCCACCAUGGGCUGAUGUGAGUAUUAUUGGAGUGGCAGGAUCGUCAGGGUCAGGUAAAACCAGCCUGGCCAUAGAGAUCAUCAAGUCACUCAACCUGCCUUGGGUCAUCCUCCUGUCCAUCGAUUCAUUCUAUAAAUCUCUGACACCUGAGCAAAAUGCACUGGCGCAUCUCAACGAAUACGACCUAGACUCCCCAGGAUCUAUCGAUUUUGACCUCUUGGUGGAGAAGCUUCACGACUUGAAGCAGGGGAAGAGGACCGACAUCCCUAUCUAUUCAUUCGAACAGCACCAGCGUUUAGACAAGACCGUGUCGAUAUACUCCCCGCACGUCAUCAUCCUGGAGGGAAUUCUUGCUCUGAACGACCCCAGAGUACUGGAUCUGUUGGACAUGAAGAUUUACGUGGAAGCGGAUCCGGAUGUCUGCCUUUCACGCCGAAUUGUCCGGGAUGUGAGGGAACGAGGUCGGACCAUCGAGGGCACCAUCAAACAGUGGUUCGGUUUCGUCAAACCCGUCUUUCAACGCUAUGUGGAACCACAACGAAAUGUUGCGGAUUUGAUAGUUCCACGAGGAAUGAAGAACACGAUGGCCAUCCAGAUGAUUGUCAAUCAAGUCCGGCAGCUCUUGAAAGAAAAGUCAUUGAAGCACAACGCCGAAUUGGAGAGAUUGGGAGAGCAACUUGAAGACUUUGCUCUCUCGGAGAAUGCUAUAAUCCUCGAGGGUAAACCGCAGAUUACCGGCGUUUCAACCAUAUUGCGCAACCCCAUCACCUCCCACCUCGACUUUGUUUUUUACUUUGACAGGCUCACAGCCCUCUUGAUUGAGAAAGCCCUGGAUUGCCACAACUACAUUUCCACCGAUGUCACAACACCGCAAGGAUACACCUACAGCGGACUGAAGCCAAAGGGCAAAGUUUCUGCUGUUGUUGUGCUGCGAGGUGGAAGCUGCAUGGAGACUGGAUUGAAGCGGACUAUUCCUGACUGCUUGACCGGGCGACUUCUCAUCCAGUCAAAUUAUCGGACUGGUGAGCCACAGUUACACUACCUGAAGCUAUUUCCGGAUAUUCAGGAGCAUGAAACAGUAAUGUUGCUGGAUCCUCAGAUGUCGAGCGGAGGAGCCGCUCUUAUGGCCGUUAAGGUCCUGGUUGAUCAUGGUGUCUGCGAGGCAAGGAUCGUCUUUGUCACUUUCAUGGCGGGAAGGAGAGGACUGAAAAGACUGCUAUCGGUGUUUCCCAAGAUAAAGGUGGUCGCUGCAAAUGUCGUCGAAGACGGUGAGAAGAGGUGGUUAGAGGAAAGAUAUUUUGGAUGUUAA